AUGGAAAAGGAGCCUUUGUCAAUUAUUCCCGUUGAUGAACCCAGUGUCUUCAACUUUUUCUCUUGUAAAAUGUUGAAUCCUACCAAUGAUGAAUGGGAGCCGGCGUAUUCCAAACUCCUAUUGAGAAAAAAAUGUACAUGGAACGGUUCACUACCGUCCUGUUUGGCACCGAAACUUAGUACAAACUUUUAG